AAAAAAAUAAAAUUAAAUAAAAAAAAAAAAUUUUCGAAAAGUUCACUUAAAAUUUAAAGUUAGACAUGGAAAAUAAUUUAGCAACAAUAAAUGAAGAUCCUUUCCCAAUUAAAAUUGGAAUAAUUGGAGAUACUGAUUUGGAUAAAACAAUCUUACUUCAAAAUCGAAUGGAAUAUGCUGUAUGUACGCCUUUUGGAAAACCUUCUGACAUUAUAAUUGAAGGCUUAAUGGAUGGCGUAAAAUGUGCCCUUCUCUCUAGAAAUGGCCGGCUGCAUGAUAUAAUGCCGACAAAUAUUAACUAUAGAGCUAACAUUUGGGCCAUGCGCAAAUUGGGAUGCACACACAUCUUGGUAACCCACACCCUUAGUUCUUUGCAGGAGAAUAUUAUACCCGGAGAUAUUGUCGUGCCACACGAUCUAAUAGAUCACACAUCAAGGCGUGCUCAGACUUUCUAUGAUGGUGCAUUCGGCAGUCCCUUCGGUGUCUGUCAUCUACCAAUGUACCCUGCAUUCUGCGAGCGUACAAGGAAGCAUCUUCUAAGUGCUGCACAAGAACUUGACCUCUCCACGCACUCGAAAGCUAUAGUUCUUACACUCGAAGGGCCUCGUUACUCGACACUUGCUGAAAACAAUAUAUAUCGCACAUGGGGAGCGGAUCUACUCAGCAUGACUUUAUGUCCUGAAGCCACAUUGUCCAAGGAAGCGGGUAUUUUAUAUGCCUCGAUAGGACUGGUUACCAACCUAGAGUGCUGGUGCACAAAACAACCAAUUGCAACCACCCAAGAAAUAAUAUAUGUGUUUAAGAACAAAGUCGAAAAACUCCAAAAGGUACUUAGCAAAGCAAUAACAAAUAUGUCAAAAGAGGACUGGUCUGAAGAUAUUUUAAAAGCUAAGAUAUUGGUGUGCAGUAAUUUUGCAAAUCGAAUCAAAUAAUAUUUAUCCAAUAAUAAAUAAGAAACAAACAAAAAAUGGACGAAACAAAAAAAAACAUGCAUUUAUUCACAUUAUUCAAAUACACAUAUUAGCAGGAAGCUGAGAAGAAAUCGAUUUUUAUCCCCAGACUUUCUUAGGAUUAAAAAAAAACAAAACCGUUUGCGUUGACUGACAUUCAACACUCAUCUAAAACGGAAACUGUAUUCGUUAUGGAAAUUCUAUUAGUUACUUUUUAUAGCGAAUAAAAGCACAGUGACGGGAAACAAUAGACGCUUUAAACCGAAAACAGAAAAAUAUUUGACAACGAGCGAUUUCGAAAAAUAAUUGUCACAUAUGGGCAGUUCCGCCAAAAGGUCCAUCAGGCCCAAAAAUCAUGAUUUCCAUAUAAUUUUUUCGGAAUAUUUUUUUCUAAAUUUAUUAAAAGGUAACUAAUUUACUCUAUU